AGAAGCACAACAACAAAAAAAGAACCGCGAGUAAUCACGGGAUAUUCUACUCUUUAGUAUACUCAUAGUUUUCCUUUUAUUUGUGCGUCCCAUUUUCCCGCAUAAAGGGUUCAAUCUAUCUUUAUCAGGCCGUAGUGGAUCCAUAUCUUUCUCAGCAUGAGCACGACAUUGACAAGGCUUUGAAGGAUAUGCAGAAGCAAGCCAUGGCUAUGGGCAUGCAGUACAUCAAACAAGCCAUCCAAAUGCUACAGAACCUUGCGUUUGAUCUUUACAAAAAGUCUCAAUCAGGUUCAUCAUCUUCAUCCCUAGCUGAUAAGGAUGCGGGAACUCCCUCGACAAGAUCUGCUACGUCCAUUAGUAGCUUCGGCACCGUGGCAACAUCUUCUGCCUUUUCAGGGACCUCGACUGAUGCGAGCGCGAAUAUAAAUGCCCCGUCUGCUCAGGGAUAUUUUUCAUGGGCGUAUCAUGCCCUGUCACCCAAAUUGGCUGCCGUAGCUUCAAUGGCAGCCUCAUCAUCAGUGCCAUCAGUAUCAUUAUUAGACAAAGGGUCUGCACGGCCAUUACCUGUUCCACCGGUGGAUCUAUAUGCAAACCGAACACCCUCUACAGGAUCGGCUUCUUCUUCUUCCAGCAAUAGUGAUGAAUCUAAGAAGACUGAGCUGGACCAGCUGACAUCACGGUUAAACAGGGCCGCAGAGCUAUCUUCAUUGCGUAACCGAAAAAUUUCUCUGUACGACGAUGAGAACAACAAUAGUGGCAGUGAGACGUCCUCGGUCAAUCAUUCUGCUCAUACUUCCGAGAGUUAUACGACGACUUGGGGUAGCAACUUUACAAGCUUCGGUCACAACUAUUAAUCCUUUUUUUUUUUUUUUUUUUUUUUUUUUUUGGCAAAA